AUGGCGAGCGAAUUCUCUUCUGCCAUGACCACCCGAUCGCUCCGCGUAGUUCGAGCUGUACGUACCAUCCACCGCACUAUCUUCCAUAAUAUCUCAGCUACCCUCGCCAGCCCAGGCUCGCUCCCAGGCGGCUCAACGCCAGUCAACGCCAGUGCAACCCGCACCUAUCAACACUCUCCCCCUCCGACAUCUUACUCGCCCCCAGUCACACAGAUGGCCAAUACGUCAUUGAACGAGAAGACGCAGCAUCACUAUCAAGCCCCAUCGCCUGCACCUGCGCCCCCACCCGCCUACCCCCAUGUCCCUCAGAUCCUCUCUCUCGCCACCGCCUUGUACGCAUACGCACCAACCGAUGCGGGCGAUCUGGCUCUCCAGCCAAAUGACCGUGUGCAAGUGAUCGAGCACAUGAACGACGACUGGUGGCGUGGUCGCAAUGAACGCACUGGCCAGGAGGGUAUUUUCCCUCGCAGUUAUGUCAAUAUAUUGAAUGAUAAGGCUGUUGCUCCGCCCCCACCGUCUAAUUAUGGUAAUAUGCCAUUGGAAGUCAGUCAGGGUGAACAAUCUGCGCCGAGUGAUGGUAAAAAUAAGUUUAAUGAGGGCGGCAAGAAGUUUGGAAAGAAGCUUGGCAAUGCUGCUGUCUUUGGUGCUGGUGCUACCAUUGGCUCUAAUAUCGUCAACAGUAUCUUCUAG